UUUCAGGUGAAUGCAGCUGUUUCUUCGCAACAAUUUAAAAUUUUCAUACAUUUAUCUCUUGGCACUGGUGUUAUUAUCCGUUGUGAAGUCAGAUCGAGAACAUGUGGAGCAUGGUUUUAGUGGAAGAUUUAAGAAGGAACAUGGUACAGAAGGCGACCAACAUAAUCUCCAUGCUGAUCAUAAAGUUCUUAUAGGUUCCCGAAAAGAGGCCGAAAUAUUCGAUGAUUUGAGUCCUGAAGAAGCAAAACGACGUUUGGCAAUUUUGGCCAAAAAAAUGGAUAGAGAUGGUGAUGGAUACAUAACCCGUGAAGAGUUAAAGGAAGUGAUCAAGCAGAACAUGAUUGCUUUGGAUUUGGAGGAAUCAGAUGAUCGUUUCCAUGAGAUGGAUACAAAUCAAGACAAUGUAGUAACAUGGAAUGAAUAUGUGCAGGAAUCGUUUGGUGAUAUCGACCCGGAGAAUGAACUUAUAGAUAUAGAUGACAAACGUUUAUUGGAGGAUGACAGGAGAUUUUUCUUCACUGCAGAUCAGGAUAAAGAUGAGAAGUUAUCGAAUGCUGAAUUUCAUGCCUUCCAAAAUCCUGAAUCUUUCCCACACAUGCAUGCAACCUUAAUUGAGAUCACUAUGAAAGAGAAAGAUAAAAACCGUGAUGGGAAAAUUACUCUGGAUGAGUUUCUUGAUGAUCUAGCUGGAGACCAGAAAUCAGACUGGUACACAGUGGAGAAAAAUCGUUUUGAAUAUGAUUAUGAUAAAGAUAGAAAUGGUGUUCUUGAAGGCCCAGAAAUUGCUUCUUGGCUUGUUAUGAGUUUGGAAACAACGGCAGCUGAGGAAGCAGAACAUUUAAUGUCGAAGGCAGAUAAAGAUAAUGAUGAUCGCUUAUCUAUCGAUGAAGUUGUAAGUGAAUCAGAUCUGUUUGUUGGUUCUGAAGCAACGAAUCAUGGCGAAAAUUUGGUUGGCCUAUCACAUGAUGAGCUUUAAUAUAGUGAUGGAGCAGUAAUCGUGGUUGUCAUUGUAAUAAUAGCAGUAAUAGUGGUAGUACGUAUUUAUGUUCUACUGAAGCAUACAGUAGAACUGAAGCAUACAUCUCACUAUCUGAUAAUUUAAUUGUUAUAUGUUCUUUCCAGCACAAUAUGUAGAUGAAAUGCUCUUGACUUAAUUCUAUCAGUUCCACUUUGCAAGGAAAUAUCUGUUAAUCACCUGACCAUUUUCAUUUUCAAAUUUCAAGUGAAUCAGAAGUAC